AUGCUGGUGACCUAUUUGGAAGCCAGCCGGGACCUUUGCGAGACGGACUCAAUUCUUUUUGGCGCCGCGCUGGCAGUCUGCCGUAUCAUAGGCGCCAAGGUUUCCACGGCUGGACGCGCUACUGGACAAAGUAGCGCUAUCCCAGCAUGGAGAAGAAGAAUUGAGGAACGUAUCGCAAAGGCUAGUGCUCUCAUCGGCAGACUGAUAUGCUUCAGAUCAGGCAAUAACAGGCCAAGAAUUGUGCGCACCGUCAGGAUGGCGUUUACAGGGACAUGUCAGUUUGUCCCAGCCAGAUAUAACGCAAAAACUAAAACGGAGCGCAUCGACGAUCUGAAGCAGAGAAUCGCUGCUUGGGGAAAACGGAUUCGGCGAUAUACCGAGAGGUCGACACGGUUCAACCAGAAUCGUCUCUUCCAGAGUGAUCAGAAGAGGCUCUAUGAAUCAUUGGAGCGACCAAUGGUAAGUGGAACGGGUCCAGCACCGAAUCAGGCCGACACUGUAGCAUUCUGGCGCGGCCUGUGGUCAGAGCCCGUAAACCACAGCGAGGGCCCUUGGACGGAAGUUGUGGCGAGUCAGUGUGCGGGUAUUACGCCCAUGGACCCCGUCAUCAUAACGCCGGAUGACGUAGCUGAGGCGGUCCUUAGGGCCCCGAACUGGAAAAGUCCGGGGCUUGACGGGCUGCAUCACUACUGGCUGAAGGGGUUCAUGCUUUGGAUAUUCGAGGCACGCGCAUCCAAUUUUCCUGAAGCAUUCGCACAAUUUGCACAAAGAUCUUCCGGUCUGGUUAAAGAAUAA